CAGCAUCAUUCUAUGGUUUCAGAAAGUUUUUGCGAAGUUUAACGCAAUUUGAAUACACAACGUGACGACAAUAUUUAUUAUUAUUCAAAUAAUUUAUUGAAUUAUUAAAUUACAUCGAAUAAAAUCAAAAUGUCUUCAAAUACGUUUCUUAUGGAAGCAGAAAUUUUCAAAAUUUUUGCAUUUUGGGGUACUAUACUUGCUUUAAAAUUAAUUGCAAUGGUUCCAUUAACUGCAUAUUACAGAUUUAAAAAUAAGAUAUUUUUAAAUCCUGAAGAUGCUGUAACUUUAAAAGGAGCAAAAGUUGCUACCAAUGAUCCUGAAAUUGAACGUGUACGCAGAGCACAUUUAAAUGAUUUAGAAAAUAUUCUUAUAUGGUAUAUUGUUACAUUUAUCUGGUUAACUACAAAUCCUUCUAUAUGGUUAGCUUCGCUCUUAAUCAGAACCUUUGUAAUUGCUAGAAUUCUUCACACAUUAGUAUAUGCUAUAUUUGCAAAACAACCUCACAGAGCAAUAAUUUUUUUCAUAGGCUAUGCUACUACUUUAUAUCAAGCUGUUAAUAUUUUAUUAUUUUACAUGUAAUUUCAAUAAUUUUUCUUUAUUAAGAAACAUAUUUAAUCUAUUUUCAUUUUUAUAUUAUAUAUUCUAUUUUUUGUAGUAUUAUUGUUAAUAAAAGUAUA